AUGGAUACUGAUACUAAUGAUACAAGUUCCUUGUAUCCUCCACCUCCCCCAUAUUAUAAUUUUUUUACUCCGGAAAACAUCAAGAAUUUGAAAGAAUAUAAGAAACAAAAGAAAGAAAGUAGCAUCAAGAAGAAUAACGACUCAGAUGAUAAUUCUAAUAUACAGCAAACUCGAACUAAUAAUGCUGAUGAUGAAGUAAUUACAUCUGAAUUAGAUUUUUUAAUUCCACCUCCAAUACCAGCAUCUAAGCAAUACAGAGGGUUUGGUAACAUAUGGCAAUUAAAUGAUGAAUUGCCUGAUUUGGAAUCAAUGGGAAUUAGGCAACUAUACUCCAAUGAAAAUCUAGAUAAAAAUAAUCACACUACAUCAAGUACGACAGAUGGUAAAACAGUUUAUCAAAAUAAAAUUGCAGAACUGCAUAAACUAUUAAAAUCUCUUUUGCUAAAUUAUCUAGAAUUAGUUGGGAUAUUAAGCAUUAACCCAACUCAAUUUGAAGCGAAAUUAGAACAUAUCAAGACAAUUUUAAUCAACAUUCAUCAUCUAUUGAAUCAAUAUAGGCCCCAUCAAUCCAGAGAAAGUUUGAUUAUGUUAUUAGAAGGUCAACUGGAAUAUAAAAAGAAAGAAAUUAAAAAUAUUGAAGAUGUUUGUGACCAAGUCAAAGCUAAGCUAAAAAGUAUUACUGAAGAAUUAUCUAAAAGCUAA